AUGGAUACCCUGGGUCAGAAGAAGAAGGACGAGGAGGAAGAAAAGAUGGGAAGAGAGGAGGGCAUGAGGUGCCCCAGGAAAGAUAGGCGGCCAAAGAUGCCUGCUCGGCCACGAGUAAUUGAACUGCUCGUCCACGACCCAGGCCUGCUCGGGCACGACCCAGGACUGCUCUGGCACGGCCCAGGACUGCUCGGGCACGACCCCGGCCUGCUUGGCCACGACACAGGCCUGCUCGGCCACGACACAGGCCUGCUCGGCCACGACCCAGGACUGCUCGGCCACGGCCCAGGCCUGCUCAGUCACGACCCAUGCCUGCUCGGCCACGACACAGGCCUGCUCGACCACGACCCAGGCCUGCUCGGCCACGGCCCAGGCCUGCUCGAUCACGACACAGGCCUGUCACGACCUAGGCCUGCUCGCCAUUAG